UUAUGGAGCCAAACCCAUCCGAUCCUGUUCUAACAGAUCGGAUUCAAGCAAUCGUGACGACUGAAAAAAGUAUUGAUGAGAUGAUGAAGUGUGCUCGAGAAAUUAUUCAAGAUUUGGGAAAAGAGAAACAAAUCGGAAAAAAUAAAAUGGAAGAUAAUGCGAACAAUUUCAAAAAACUGAUAACUCAAGUGGAAAAUGAAUUGAGCGCUCAAAUGCAAUACUUAUCGCAUGUUUGUGUUGGAUCAUCACAUCAAGGAUCAACAUUCGGUGUACUUCAAAACUCACUUCUCGCUCAAUCUGGACUUUCUUCUCUUCAUUCGGAACUUUUUCAAAUCGUGAGAUAUCUUGAUCCAACAUCAGAUGAACCACAAACUACAGAAGAAGAUGAGGAGGACGGAUCCGAUGAUCUGAAUGAAGAUGGAGCAGAUGGUGCUCCAUCUUCGACAGUGACGUCAUCGACUACUGAUGGUAGCGGUGGAGGUGAUGACGCUGCAAGUAGCAGUGCUCCGCGAAGUCAAGAAGAAAGUGGAAGACAAAUGACGGAUGAUGAUGACGAUAUGGAACAAUGAUCUCAUUUUUAUGUAUUUAUUUAUUAUUAUUAUUACAUUAUCGUUUUUUUGCUAUGAAUUAACAUUAUCAA